AUGCACGUAAUCGCCAAAGAUUUGCACGCCAACGCUGUGCGAGUCGAGAGUGAGGAAGUCCAGCGACUCGCAACCGCUGCACGUGCUGCUCAUGCAAUGGGACUUACGGUGUUCUUUAACCCAUGGAAGAUAAAUGCAGACGUCGACGAGACGCGCGCUUAUUUCGAAGAGGCCGCGCAGGCAGCCGAGCAGCUCAGGAACGAAGGUGUCGAUAUAGUCUUCGUUGCUGGCUGCGAGUACAAGAUCUUCAGCAAAGGGGUCUUUCCGGAUGACUCGUUCAAUGAGCGCGGAGCGUGGUUUGGCGCUCAGCUCCCUGGCGGCUAUACGCUGGAGGAUAUCCCCGAGACCGUACGUGAGAAGUCGACAAAACUAAACGAAAUCUUACAGUCUUUCGCUGAAGCGAUCUGCACCAAAUUCGCCGGACCGUUGACAUAUUCAGCUGGGACCUGGGAAAUCGUCGACUGGAGCAUCUUCGACAUCACAAAAGAGCAAUAUGUCGCAGGCCUCCAGUGUCACAAAUUCGACAAACCCCUCGUCAUAAUGGAAGUCGGAUGCUGCGCCUACGAGGGAUCAGCUGAACGUGGUGACGGCGGCUUCAUGCUUCUAAAAGGCACGAAUCCAGACGGCAGCGGCAUUUUCGAAGACGGCGUCGUUCCGACCCGUAGCGAGCGGGGGCAGGCGGAUUAUCUGGGUACGCAGCUUGAUCUCCUUGCAAAUGCGGACGCCCACGCAGUAUUUGCCUAUGUCUUUUCAUUCCCAUGCAUGUCGACGGGUGAGGGGACAAAGGACCUAGAUAUGACGAGUUAUUCAUUGGUCAAGACAUUCCCGGAUCGGGACGAGAGGUCAAAGGCCAUGCCUCCCUGGGCACCCAAGGAGUCGUUUCUUCGUGUUGCCAACUUCUUUCGGGACCAUGCUGCAGCCACAUCAAUCUCUCAAUAG